AUGGUUAAUAAUAUACUUCGAGAUCUUCAAUUGGACUCCUGCUGUGAUACUGUGGUUCAUAUCAAUCAACACAUUAUGACGGGUCAUCUCAGGAAUGUCUCCAAUAUAUCAAAUACGCGCAAAAGUUUUGCUCAAAUCAGAGAUCAAAUCAAUGAAAUCGAUUCCCAGAUAAGUAUUGUUCACUUGUUUAACACCGGUAUUGCUAUCUAUGGCUGUUUGGUUCAAAUAUAUGCAAUUAUGGACAGACAGGUGUCCACUAUAUUCUCGAUCACAUUUGUCACUAAUAUGGAGAAUAUAUUGAGAUUUGCAAUCAAUUGCAUAAUUCACGGAAUGGUUAACAAGAAAGCAAUUAAAGUAUUGUCUUCUUUGGAUGACAUCGAACUCCAAACCGCACACAAAGAUGUCUAUCGAGAGGCCAUAUAUUUCUCGUCCCUAAAACAGGACAAUACGUUUGGCUUCACUAUCGCUAAUAUAUUCUCGUUUUCUACAACUCUUUUAACAUGUAAAUCGAUAUAA